AUGAAAAUCUCGAGGCGAUUCCAGCAGAACAGGUCUCGCUCAUUAGGUGUUCAUCAACGGCGUCAAGUGCGGAAACAACGCAGGCCGACAUUUCCUAUGAAUCUUGAUGGCACAGCAGCGGCUGUUGCUGCCACUACGUCCAGAGAACUGUCGCCUGAGACACUGGAAGCCGUAUCCGGGCGAUUCCAGCAGAACAGGUCUCGCUCAUUAGGUGCUCAUCAACGGCGUCAAGUGCGGAAACAACGCAGGCCGACAUUUCCUGUGAAUCUUGAUGGCACAGCAGCGGCUGUUGCUGCCACUACGUCCAAAGAACUGUCGCCUGAGACACUGGAAGCCGUAUCCGGGUACUCCUCCGAUAUCUCAUCAUAUCCAGAACAGGAGCAGUUGGGCUCACCUGUAAUCACCCCUCCAUAUCAUUCGUUGAUCGACUGUGUUCCCGUAGCAUCACCCGAAAACAGGCAGCAGUCGACAAGUUUCGUCAAAAAGACGAACAAUCCCGUUAUGUCGUCAACGGAAUCUACAUCAAAAUUCCCGUAUAGUUGUUCUCCGUUCCAGAGGAUCUCAUUUGAAAAGCACCAAAUUUUAUGA